UCUUUGAAGGUCUUUGAUAUGACGUGGACGGGAAUCGAACCACCACCCUUCCGCUCUCCGGGCGAACGCUUCAUCCACUAUACCAGAGGUAUCACUAAAAGAAAUUAUCUUUAGUUUAUGGGUGGUAAGAAAUGUUUAAUCUACCAGGGUAACUUACUUCGGAGCCGCCCCUGGUGGCAUGAUACGAGCCUAUCGUUGGCGAGUUAUUGAUUACACCAAGCAUGGCCUGCCAUUGGUCAGUUCCACCUACUACCCGCACAUGCCUAUGUUGAUGCCACUUCACUGUAGAAUAGACAGCACAGCAGCAUGGACAACACUUCAACCGUGAGUUUUAACAUCUCUGACAAUUUACCCCCUCAGGAAAUAGCCACAGAAUGCAACGCUACUAACAGGUCGUCUGGAUGCAACGGUCAAGACGCUAACCAAACUAAUCAUUUGUUUGAAAGCAUUCUGCACAUAACAGAAAUCACUUUCACGUGCUUUGAUGGUCUAAACGUACUUUGUAACGCUGUGUUGAUGUUGCUGAUAUACAAGGCCGCGACAAAGAUGGAAGCUUCUGGACGCCUCCUCACGAACCAGGUUGUGGCUGACACCGGAAUUGGACUAUCCUGGCUUAUUCUGUAUGGGAUCCUGUACAUCAAUCCCGGCAGAAAUAUCCUGCAGACGGCCAUCCUUGUACAACGGGUCGUUCUGUUCAUCUUGACUUGUGAGUCUGGACUGUCACUGGCCAUGACACUCUUCGCCCUCCACAUAGCCAUCUGCAAUCCUAUUCUCUACAAAGUCUACAACGAACCAAAACAAAUCACCAUCUUCAUGGUAGUAUCCUGGCUCGUGGUCAUCGGAUCUUUCAGUCUGUCAUUUGCAGCGGACAACUUCUUCAUUCUGGAACGUGAUUCUAUUUUCGUUCAGAUGAAUGUUAGUAAACAGAAUGCCUGGUUUGUAUCUCUAGCUGGGUUCGUUAGCGUCAUUCUACCACUUGCAAUGACUACCACCGCCUUCACACGCAUAUGCCUCCGUAUGCCCAAGGGAGAGAACGUUUCCAUCACAUCCGCCUCCACUACCAAGCGGUAUGUCCGUCAAGCAAAGGGUAUCCUUCUCGUAUACAUCACUUACACAGUAACAUUUAUCCCUCUGUAAGUUUUCAAUGUAUUCAACAUUCAUUUUAAAAGUGACAAUGACAUUCUUUUCCCCAUUACUGGAACCAGCUUCGCUUUCCUGAACUUUGGGUACCAUGUUUUUAAGCUACCCUUGUUUCUGUUUGCUUUCACAUGCUAUCGUCGUGCUGCCUCUCGACUCUUCUGUCGACGCCUAGCAUCGAGAUCUUCCUCUGCCGAUCGAGGUAAAUUGCCACAAAGGAAAUACAAGACUGCAACAAACACCAACCACACACUUGAUGACAGUUUGCCAGAUCUUCUCCGAUACAGAUGGAUGAGACACCAGAGAUGAAGGGGAAUAUUGGAAAAGUUAACCAUGGAUUCACCACACCUGUUCAUUGUACCAUGGGGACACGGCGAACAAACGGUGAAACGAUGACGGCAGUUCCACAACACAAGAUGACGUCAGGUCCAUUACAAACAAUGAAGUCAGUAAUAGACAGGUCGCCACCUAAAUGGCUUUGAACAACGUUACAAUCCAUGUUGUAUCCAAUUCGGACAGACUCUUUCUGCUGAUACAGACAGGGGCGUGAAUGAAGCUUACACACCUGUUUGUAUAUCGACGGGCAAGUUGGCAGUCCCAGCAAAUGUCAUCCAACAUUUUCCAUGUAUAUCUUACAGGCAAUAAUUAAAACGCAUGAAGCUAGUCAAAUAGACACCUGACCCCAGAGUGUAGUCCUCCCGUUAUGGUGUUUGGAACGCUUACAUCAGUUCUAAACCCUGAUACACUGAUACAAGGCUGAUACACGUGCUUCACCAACCAGCAUCACUGUUCCAGAUACUCGCGUCCUGCUUUGCUGACUUGUUAUGGGAAGAUUUGAUA